GGUGCAAGGAAAGUUCGAGGAGGGUUUCCUAGAAAGUAACGCAACUCAAUCUUGUAUUUAUUAUGAUUAACAUUUGAUUUGAUCCCAUGUGAAGAGAGAGAGCAUCGAAAUCAUGUCUGGUAUGCUUCCAGGAGUUGAAUGUGCUCGAAGAAGAAGAUUGCAUAACAACACUUCUUCUCGUGAUUUCAUCACUCGCUCCUCUCUCUGUUUGUACGCUACCAGGAAUCUCCAAUCCCCUCCUCCUUCUUCUUCUUCUUCCUCUCUAUUGGAAAGAAACACGGUGAAUCAAACAGACCCAGAUGAGAAUCUGGGUGUAGCAGCUCUUGAAGCCAAGCGCAGAUUGGAUCAGAGGUUUGCAGCUUAUCUCACAACAGAAAACACACCACAAAGCAAGAGCUUUUUUCGAUGCUUUGCCUCAGCAUCUCAGAGCAAAUUAAGAUGAAAUAUUAAGUGGGAGUUUAUUCUUUUGAGUUUCUCAUGUUGUUCCUAUUAGUUUAAGUAAUUAUCACGCAAAGAAGAAACAAACUAUCAAAAAAAUAUGAGUCGAUUAGAAGGAUUAGAAGAGAAGUUGUAGAAUUUUGCUGUGGAUGAGAUAAUAAGAUUGGGUUGGGAAGGAAGUUGAUCGGAUCAAAUUUAUCCUUAUUGAGAUGUGUGUUAUCUGUUUAUCUAUUCGAGAUGCGGUCGAAAAAUAUGGGUGUGGUAGUUUCUGUGUAGGUUUUUUUCUAUAAGACGUAACUUUUGAUUGUUCAGUUAACCGAACUAUUCAAUUUAUUUAUUAUUUCAGAA